CGCUCUCUGCGGGCGAGAUUGGCGCUGAAGAGAAGCGCUUUUCUAACCGAUCGCCAGUGCGUCGGCGGCGGAGGAGGGAUGCGGUGGUUGUUCGCUCUCCUGUUCGGCUGCUUGGUCGGUGCCAAGGCCGAUUAUUUCAUCGAAGAGGAAGAAGAAGAACCUCCUGAACCGGUAUUUGUAAGAGCCGGUGCAAAUGUUUCCCUGCCAUGUUCCCCUAAUGAGGGACCAAUUCGAACCCUUACAUGGUGGAAGGAUUAUCGCAAGAUAGUAGAAGUGCACGACGAACAGACUGUGUUAUGGGAAGCUGAACCCCAUGUUAAUUUGCUUAGUGAUGCUUUAUAUCUUCAAAAUGUAGUUUAUGCAGAUUCUGCUGAUUAUCAGUGCCAAAUAAAUGAUGAGCAGAGAGCUUCUUUAAGGCUGCUUGUGCAAGAUGUUCCUGAUCCUCCAGGAAUGCCACUGAUCAUGAGUUUUACAUCUCGUUCAGUUAACUUGUCCUGGGCUCCAAGUAUUGACAAUCACCACAGCUCUAUUAUUCACUACAUUAUUCAUGUCAGGGUUGGUGAAUCAGGGGAAUGGGAAGAAUCUAAUGGUAUUCUUACUUCAGACAAUAGAACUAGUUGGCAAGUUAUAGGACUACAGCCCUACACUGUGUAUUCCUUUCGAGUCGUUGCUGUUAAUACCAUUGGAUCUUCGAAACCUAGUAAAGAGUCCUAUUACAUGGUGACUCUUCGAGAAGUGCCUGAUGGUAAGCCAAACAUUACUUAUGCCCAUAACACAAGUAGUAGUUCAAUUAUUAUACAAUGGGCACCUCCUCCGAAACAUUCACUCCAUGGAGAAUUUCUUGGAUAUCGCAUUACUUACAGAUUACGGGAAAGAGCUCGUGGAGAAAGAGAAAUUAUAUUACGUGAUCCAUUGGCUAGGGAUUACGUGAUUCGUGGAUUGAAUGCCUUUUCACAAUAUUUGGUGUCUUUACAAGUAUUUAACCCUGCUGGACGGGGACCUGCUACCACAGUAGCUGUAAUGACUGAUGAAGGAGCACCAAGUCGUCCCAGAAACUUGACUGCUACUCGCAUUACCAAUAAUUCUGUUAAAUUAAAAUGGCUUGAACCUGAACAUGCUAAUGGUAUAAUUCAGGGAUAUAACAUAUACCACUUAGAUGUUGGUCCUAAUCAUACAGAGAGAAAGAAAGUACUUAAUCCUCAGCAAGUCAUGGAAUAUGUCCUAGGAUCACUGAAAGCUUACACUCAGUACAAAGUAUGGGUAAAAGCAUACACUGGAAAAAAUGAAGGAUUUGCUAGUAACAGCUUAGAAAUUAUCACAGAUGUACAAAGUCCCAGUGAACCAAUUAUAACAAAUUUAACAUGCCAGUCUUUAGAUAGUAUAUACAUAGAAUGGAAUCGUCCUAAAGUUGUAUACCAUAGAAUUGAUUACUAUUUCAUCUCAUACCGGUCAGAAAAUACUUGGGAUUUUGAAGAAAUAUCUUUAUCUUCCUCACAGGAAAGACCUAGCCAUUCGAUGAUAAUAUCCAAUUUAACCUCAAAUUUGAUGUAUGAGGUCAAAGUUCAAGGAGCUAGCCGAAGUGUGGUAGAGCAUUCGAAAUUAUACAAGGGUCCAUACUCUGAAUUGAAAAAGAUAUUUUUGCAAAGUAUGACGGCUUCUUCCCUUGAGGAAGCUACCAUUAGUGCUGGAAUCAUUGCUGGAAUUGUUUGUGUGACACUAGUGCUUCUACUUGCAGUUAUGGCCUUUGUUUUAUGGAGAUUUCUUUGUUUUAGAAAAUACUUUCAAGCAGCAUAUUACUACUUAGAUGAUCCUCCAAGAAAGCGUGUGACAUCAGAAAACUCAAAAACUUUUGGUGAUAAUGAUAGCAAUCCAAUCGAUGUUACUGCAUGGCCUGAUCAUGUAUGUAGCUUACACGCUGAUGGAGAUAUAGGCUUUUCUAAAGAAUACGAGUUGAUCUUUCAGACUAUCCAACAAGCUACUGAUUUAGAGUUAUCUUCAGAAUGCUCACAGUUGAUGGAAAACAAGAACAAAAAUCGUUAUGUCAAUAUUGUAGCAUAUGAUCACAGUCGAGUAAUACUUAAAAUACUUCCUGGUCAAAAGAAAACAACUGACUACAUCAAUGCCAAUUAUAUUGACGGUUACAAUGAACCGAAUGCAUACAUUGGUACUCAAGGACCUCUUCCAUCAACAUUUGAUGAUUAUUGGAGGAUGAUUUGGGAGCAAAAAGUUUAUAUCAUCAUUAUGAUAACUAAUCUUGUUGAACGUGGAAGAAGAAAAUGUGACAUGUAUUGGCCCAAAGAAGGUAGUGAAAUAUAUGGAAUUGUGCAAGUAAAACUAACUCAAGAGAUUGAGCUAGCUACAUAUACAAUAAGAACUCUUGUAAUACGUAAUCUUAAAGUAAAAAAAAAAACAUCAUCUGAAAGAACAGUGUAUCAAUAUCAUUAUACCAAUUGGCCUGAUCAUGGAGUGCCUGAGCAUCCCUUGCCAGUUUUAAGUUUCAUACGUAAAUCUGCUACAGCUAAUCCUCCUGGUGGUGGACCUAUCAUAGUUCAUUGCAGUGCCGGAGUUGGACGGACAGGAACGUAUAUUGUAAUAGAUGCCAUGUUAAGGCAAAUAAAACAUAAACAGUCUUUGAGUGUUCCUGGAUUUUUAAAGCAUAUUCGCCAGCAAAGAAAUUUCCUUGUUCAAACUGAGGAGCAGUAUAUAUUUAUACAUGAUGCUCUGUUAGAGGCUAUUGAAAGUGGAGAAACUGAAAUUGCUGCACCAGAAUUUUCUCAAUACGUGCAGAAAUUGAAGCUAACUACUAAUGAAAAUGAGAAGGAAACUUCCCUGUUGUUGGAAAAACAAUUUAAACUUGUUACUUGCUUCAAAGCAAAAGAUUUCAGCAUUAUAUCAGCCACAAAAUCUUGUAAUAGAUCAAAAAACAGGAACAGCAAUAUAAUACCUGUAGAAUCCUAUAGAGUUCACAUUACACCCAAACCUGGUAAAGAUGGAUCAGAUUAUAUAAAUGCUAGUUUCUUUCAGGGAUUUAACAAAUUAAAUGAGUUUAUCAUAACUCAACAUCCUACGAUGGACACAAUUGCUGAUUUUUGGCAGAUGGUCUGGGAUCACAACUGCCAAACUAUUGUACUUCUUUCCGAUGUGGAUGAAAAGGAAUAUCCUUGCUUUUGGCCAGAUGAUGAAAAAGAAAAUGAUUAUGGGACUUUUAAAGUAAAAAUUAGUGAAGAAUGUACUCAAGACUGCUAUGUAACACGAGACUUUAUACUUCAAUCAAUGCAAGAUGAUUAUGAGGUCAUUUGUCGAGUAGUUCAGUGCUCUGGGUGGCCAAAAAAUUGUUCUCCUAUAAGUAGUAUCUAUGAUCUAGUCCAUUUAGUUCAGGAUUGGCAUUUAGAGUAUCAAAAUGGUCCUAUGGUUGUAGUUGAUAAGUUUGGAGGUACAGAAGCAGCAACAUUUUGCUGUUUGAACACUUUACAAAAGCAGCUUGAAUUUGAAAAUUCUGUAGAUGUGUACAUGUAUACUAAGUUAUACCACAUGCGCCGACCAGGUAUCUGGCAAACAAAAGAUGAUUAUUACUUUUUAUAUCAUGCUGUGGACAAAGGAUUGCUAGCAAAUUAUGAAGUUAUACCAGCUUUAAAUAGUCCAGUGACUAAUGGGCAUGUCCUUCCAUUAAAAGAGGAUUCAGCUAUCUGAAACUUUCCUAUCACAGUGUAAAUAUGCAAUUUUUAACUGUAUAAUUUGUGUGCCUCAUACAAAGUGGCAAUCAGGACAACAAAACCUCGCUAUUUUUAACUAUGUGGAGGUCACUUUUUAUUGUUCUGUACCAUAUUAACUUGUGAUAUAAUGCAUAUUUUCUAAGUGACGAUAGAAAGAAUAAAGGUGACAAUCUUGACAGAUAAAGAUCAGGGUAAUAUGUUUUUAUGAACUACUUAAAUUGAGAGAAUGGUUAGUCAAUUUGUCCAGUAUCUCAAUUAAAAGCUAUGAAUUUGUCAUUUCAUUUGUAAUAGGUACUUAAUCGCAAUAGAUUUGAGUGCAGAUUUCAUUCUUUUUUGUCUUUUUUUUCAAGAUGUGGGAUGAAAAUAAUCUUGUAUGACAGAUUUUUAAAAAUAUUAAUCACGAGCAUAAUCUAUAUUCAAGCAAGUUACAAUACAAGGCAAUAUCUAUGAUUUAUAUGCAACUUACAAUUUUCUGAUUUGCCGAAUAAAUUCUAUUUUUGUUUCUUGUAAAACUAUUGGAUGAAAAUUUACCAUAUAUAGCACAAAAAUUCUUAUUAUGAUACUAAGAAUUUUUUUUCUUAUUUCUUCCUGAGUAUCACAUUACUCUACUUUACUUAAAGCAAUUUAAAUAUUUUUUGAAUAUUUCUUUAAUUUUUACUUUUGAAUUUUUCAAAAGUGGAUCUAGUAUUUAAUCUCUUCUGUAAAUCAAUAUCUGUAUCAUUUAUAAAAAAAAUAUAUAAAUUAAUAUCAACUAAAUAAUAUUAGUUACUGAAGUAUAUUCUUUAUAAGUACUUACUCAGUGGCACGACAGCCCCUGAGGGCUAAGGCCAACUGUGCUCAUCUCAGUUUUCUUGACCUUGGGCUCUGGAGUGCAGGAGCAGAUGUUCCGGUUAGGUGGUCAGCCGAACGCGAAAUCCCCAGUGUUCUUUAUGAGUAACACUUUAUAAGUAACCCCCAUUCUUUAUAAGUAACACUUUAAAUUAAAAGGUGUACUAUUGUAAGGUUAACUAAUUUGUUUUUACUAAUUAUUAGACAUUUUUAACUAUAAUAGAUUUGGAAAUAAACGGAAAAUUAUGCUAACUAAUUUAAAAAUGCUAAAUAUAACCUAUUUUAAUAAGCUACAACAAAUUGCAAGUACUAUUUAGGUUGUUAGUUUCAUAGUACAUAUUUCUUGUUUUGAUUCAUUAUAAAUAAUCGUUUUUUUAAUGAUAAUGUGGAAACUUUAUGUUUAUACUUAGCAUUCCAUAUGUAUUUAUGGGCUUGUUUUAAAUAUAUAUUUUAUUUACAUUUAUACCAUAUUAUAUAUAUAUCUUUGGGGUUUCUAGUUUAUCUAUAUUUUAUUUAAUUACAACUUCUCACCCUGUAUAAAUUAUGCAAAAUUUAAUCAUAUGAGUUGAGUUUAUUUCCCACAUCUUGAAAAUUCACUUUUCUGCAAUAAUGAUAAAAAUUUUGCAUUUUAUUGUUAUGUUUUCAUUUAAUAUUCUCAGAUAAAUAUCAAAACCUUUUUCAUAAAUUAAUUGUAAAGAAAUCCAACGCUUUAGCAUUUGUUAAUAUUAUAUUUAAAAAUUUAGUUUAUACAUUUUGUUUGAUCUUUGUUACUUGGAAAUGUAAUUAUGCAAUAAACGUUAUAUAUGAAACUUUCCAUGAAUAGUUAGUCUAGCUUCAAAAUGUGUUGUAUUGUUUUUGUGAAAUUUGCUGUUGUAAAAUCAAAAGAUUGCACGUUAAAAGCCAACGCCUUACAUUUGUUGUAUGUUAUUCACUAUGUCUAAAACUUUAAAAUACUUUGCUACUAUCUAUCAAUAAUUUUAUAAAUUUGUAUAAGGUUUUGAUGUGAAAUUACUUUUAUAGAAUUUAGAAACCCUUUUAUUUGUUGUUUGUCAAAUUUUAAGAGUUUUUGCAACGUCUGAUCGGUAUUUAAUGAUAUUGAUAUCAUUUUGAUUUUCUUUUCCAAGUAGUAUGCCAAGUAUAUUUAAAAAACGAGGAAAAACUAUAUUAAUUGAAAAACUAAUCAGGAAUAAUGAAUAGGUUUUUUGUUGAAAUUAAAAUAUUUCUAUUUUUCUAGGAUUAUUUAUUUAUUACCGAAAUAUUUUCUAAUACUGUACAUUUCUCUUUUUUUUCAGAAGUUUAGUGACAUUAAAACCAUUUUAUUUCUUACAUUCUAGUAUUUAGGGAUUUUGGCCAAAACAGAUAAAGCAUGAUUAAUUGAAUAUCUUUUCAUCAUUUGAAUUGUCUAUCUUAUAGAAAUAGGAAUUAAUAUACUUAAAAUUUAUUUAAAGAAUAGUUUUUAGAGGUUUAUAUGGCAUUAUAAUUUUCAUUAGACUACAAAUUUUAUAUCUAUAUUUGAGAGACACUUUCUUCAACAAUUUGUAAAAUGUAUGUAUUUAAUUACUUAAGACUUAUAAAUUUCAGACAAUGUGUCAAAUUUUACGCCUAGACACUUCUCCUGAUAGCAAGUGCUCUGUGAGCAAAUUACUUGCAAGUAGUUGUACUUACUGAUUACUUAAUUAAUUAUUCCACACUAAUGCCCAACAUUUUAUGAACUCAAAGUAUUUCUUAUGAAUAAUUUAUACUCAUAUAAUUGUCAUAUUUAAAAUUGUAUGCAAGUAUUAAGCAUUUUUUCAAUACAAAUAUACUUAGCAUUUAUAUAUUAAAUGCACAAUAUUUAUCUUUUUAAAAAUUAAAAUAUUGAAACAUAGUUAAUAUAUUUUUGCACAUCCCUUUACUAUAAUUGUUUUGGCAUUCUUACUAGUAUAUUAUCAUUUAAUUUUGUUCUAUAAAUGUGAAAAAUAGCUUGUUUAAACAAGCAUUUUUUACUAGAGUUUUGUUCUCUUCCAAAAUUAAUCAUUAUUUAUUAUUUGAAAAGAUUUGAGAUGUAAUGAAUGAAACUGUCUUCCAUUAACUAUGCAAUUCAAAACCAUAACAACUGAACAUUUUCCCCAUAAGUUGAACUUAUAUCUAUUUAUUAUCAAAUCACUCAUAUAUUAAACUCAGAAAUGUCUUAAAUCCCAUUUUUAAAAACGUACCUUUUAUUUAAAAAUAUUUUAUGUGAGAUAUGGAAAUGCAAAACCACUUAUAAAUUGUAAGUAAACUGCAUUCUAAGCUUUUAUUUGUGAUUUUUCUACUUAAAUUGUAAA